UGUCACUUGGUCUUCCUGUGUGCCUGUUUUUAUUUCUUUGGUUAAUAAAUUUUUCCUUAUCAAGAUAAUCUGCAAAGUUAAAUUUGAUUUAUAAAUAUAUUAAAAUCUAAUUUCCUACAAUCUAUGCACCUAAAACAGGAAAUGGAAAACCUGAACGAUGUUUCACUAUCUGAAGCCUUCAAAAAUGACGAAACAUUAAACAAAAAAUCUAUUCAAAUCGCUCAAAAUAUCACAAACAAAGACUAUGAUAUUGCAAUCUUUGUUGAGAAACUUGGAUUUGCAUUAACAUCCCCAACACUAGAACUCCGUGUCAAUGGCACAAAACUACUCAGCAGCGUUCUAUCCCAACUGCCAAGAGAUCAUCUCACCAAUGGGCAGAUUGAGUUUGUAGCAACGUUCUAUGCUGACCGAAUGAAGGACCAGCACAAUGUUCUUCCAGCUGUAAUUGAUGGAAUCGCUGCUAUCAUCAGUAUGAAGAACUUCCCGGAUGCGUCAGUUGUAACGAUAUUGCAAAGCUUCUUUCAGCAUACCACUUGUCAGAGUCAAGUUCGAAAUGAUCGAGAGAAGAUCUUUAAGAUAUUGAAAAUGCUUUCAGAAAAUCAUGAAAAUGUUCUUAAAUCCAUGGGUGGUGAUUUUAUUUAUGGACUCAUUAGUUCUCUCGAUGGUGAACGUGAUCCUAGAAAUUUGGAAUUCAUUUUUACAUUUAUGCCAGAUUUAAUUCAAAGAUAUCCUUUGUUGCAUUUAAAUGAGGAAAUGUUUGAAAUAUUUGCUUGUUAUUUUCCUAUUGACUUUAAUCCCAGCAAAACUGAUCCUGAAGCUAUAACAAGAGAUAAUUUGGCAACUAAAUUAUGUAAUUGUUUAGUUGCGUCGGAGGAAUUUGUUGAAUGGUCAGUGCCAUUGGCUUUAGAGAAAUUAGAAAGCGAUUUAAUCGUAGCUAAGUUGGAUUCGUUAGAACUUUUGUAUGCCAUCGCUCAAAAAUUUCCACCUAAGAUCUUGGAAUUACAUUUUGAACAAAUCUGGCCAGCUCUUAAACUGGAAAUCUUUCCGGGUCCCGACAAUCAAGAUAUUCUUAAUGCAGGCCUAAGGACUCUUCGUUCAAUUCUUGAACGCGCCUCAGAAGAUCCAACAGUAAGCCAAAACUAUCAAACGAUUAUCCUGGGUACAGUGCUUCCACAUCUAAAUGAUAUGCAUCAGCGUCUCUUUAAUCCUUCCACUGCAAUUGCACUUGUUUGUGUGUCUGGCGAUGCAAAAUUUGCCUCUGAAAAGAUUCUCAAUAGUUUUUUAUUGAAAUUACAUUCCGAUGAAGACCUUAGCUUUCAAGACAAGUUGCAAAUUUUCUAUAUACUUGCACAGGUUUUUAAACUGUGCACUUUGAGAAAUGCCAUGCGACAAAUAAGUUCAAACAUCACUUCAGAGCUACAUGCAGAAUUUCUAAAAGAGCUUAAAAAUGAAGCUAGUCCUUUGGAUCUGAAGAAAGCGGCUUUAGCUUGUCUGAAUGAAUCAUUUGCUUCUACAACUCAAGGAAAUCGUAUUCUUGUGUAUCAAAGCCUAGUGCAAAUCCUUACAUCAGAUGACUUAGAAAUCGACUUAAAAGACAUUCUCAAGCACAUCACCGAAUUAGAUCCCAAAGAGCUCCAAACAGAGUGUGUGGACAAGAUCAUACGAAAUUUCCCAAUAUUUUCGCCAUUUGUUAAAAGAAAAAUCUAUAAUAACUUUUUGCAUCUAAUUAAAUUCAAGGCCUUCUCACAAACAGUUUAUGACUUAAUUUUCUCCAAUAUUUUCGAAAAUGAUUCUCCUGAAGUUCGUCUAAUUGCUUUAGAUGCAUUGGUAACACUUCUACAGCAAGAAAAUACCGCAUUCAUUAAGGAUCUCCAAAUGAAUGAAUCAUUAAUUGGAAGAAUAUUCAGUCUAGUGCAGAGUGGUGUAUUAAGUCUUGAAAUUCUUGAACGCUGUGCGGCAGUUCUCAGUUUGAUAAUGAAACAUUUGCCUGUUGCUGAGCAGUACAUGAUCAUAACCGAAUAUCUUCCGAAACUGAAUCUACAACUGGUAUCUGACUUGUUCCUCACCAAGGGUCUUUUGGGAUUCAUGCAUGAGAGUAUCACGAUUGAUGAACAUUUUGAAAAUUUAGCAAAUGAUUUGAUCCAGCUGUCUCUGACAAACGAUAAUGAAAUAUUACGCAAGGUGUGCCAUCAUUUGUUAUGUAGUUUGUUUAAUAAAAUGGAAGAUAGCGAAACAAACCGAGGAAUUUUAAAUCGAAUAAUACACAAACUUAAGGAAGAAAUAAAACAAAACAAGCACAAAGCUGUGGAAAUACUUUCUUGGAUUGGCAAGGGUUUAAAUAUUCUAGGACAUGAACUAAUGGGUGACAUAAUUGAAACAAUUGCAGAGCUAUUGGAUCACCCAACUUUAUCCUCAGCAGCCAAAUUGGCAUUUGAUAUCAUCUCAUUUGAAUAUCCAGAAAUCCAUUUACCAUGCAUUAGAUUUCUGUUUAAACAGAAAUUUUUCAAUGUGAUUUAUUCAAAAAUUGCCCAUAAAUUGGAGUGUUUCUCCGAAAACCAUAUUAAUGCUUUCAUAUAUGUUUUAAAAGCAACGCCGCAAACGGUUUUGCAAAUGAAUAUAGAAAAGAUUGGUCCUGUUUUAUUUAAGUGUUUAGAAUUAAACGAAGUACAAACUAUUCGAAUAAGCUUGGAGAUAUGUGAAAAUUUUGUUAAAACAAAAGAUGUAUACUUUAGCGGGCACUUGAAUCAUCUAGUUCCACAGUGUUUGAAGUUGACACAGUAUAAAAGUUCAAUGAAUGUAAGAAUAACUGCACUGAAUCUUCUUUAUGAAAUCACAAAGUACCCGACAUUCUAUUUGUUACCAUUGAAAAUGGAUGUUGUCCUUGGAUUGUCACCCGCUCUAGAUGAUCAGAAGAGACUUGUUCGUACAGCAGCAGUUAAAGCCAGCAAUGCGUGGUUUCUAAUUGGUGAACCAACUGGAGAUUAGAACAAAUUUAUUCCUAAAUAACAAAUGCAAAAUGAUUUGUUUUUAGUUUUUUUUUUUAUUGUUUUACUUUCAAAAGCGUUUUGUUUAAUUUCUUUUUUCGACACAUAAAAUAACGAUUGUGUGUGGUAUAUUUUUAAAUUACUACUUUUUUAAGUUUUUUUUUUAAUAACUUAAAAUGACAAAAUAAAUAUUUUUUUAUUAAGAGAACUGAAUAAAAAGAAAAAUAUCUAAACCACAA